AUGACUUCCCACCAACUAAUCCACGUCGGUCUUCCACACUUGACAACAAUUCCGAUAUAUUUGAUCUUGACCAAUGUUCUCAUUACUGGUUCUGCUUCUGAUAAAAAGCGCCAUCGGCGAAAUGAAGUUAUCAGGCUGGAUCUGAACAAUAAAAAUGCUGAGUUACAAUGUCGGAAAAGAGAACAAAUCGUUAAUGUGACAAUAAGGAGCCGGGAUACGGCAGACUGUCAGGGAUUGCCGAGCAACAUGUUUGUUGACCAAUGUAAUUGCUACUGGAACAGGAGAUGCUCACUGACGUAUGAUCCAACAGACUACAUCAUCCCUACUUCGAAACAUUCCUGUCCUGGGCGACGCGUUAACGCACUUGAUGUGAGUUACAUCUGUAAACCAUCAGCCAAAAUAGAGAUGUACCACAGCACCAAGUGGCCGAGAAACGAAGGCAUCAUACGAAGCCACGUGGACUUUCCUUGGAACGAUCGCGGAUCUCUCGAUUCAAUGAAACGCUCAAUAAAUGUUGGUCACCACAAUCGUUUAGUUGUCACCUUGUUCCCAUUCGAUCUUGGACAUAACCAGCUGUACAUUGGUAGCCACACUUUUACCGGACAAAAAAUCCAUCCAGAAACCGUCGUUAUCAACAGGCAAACAGUGGUCUACUUUAACUUUACAAGGAACGACGAAUCGAAAUCUGACACAAAAGGAUUUGUGCUCUGCUACAAAGUACUCAAGAUGAAGACAUCUUACAAUAAUCAAACGGCGUGUGAACUUAUUAAAAAGGGUGGUAAGUUCGUAUUCUGA